AUGCAGAAAGCUUCCAGGCGGUCGACUCGGUCGCGAAUAUCCAAGGCUUGCGACCGUUGUCGUCGACAGAAGCUCAAGUGUGACUCAGUUCGUCCGUGUGUACUAUGCACUCGUGCUGGUCACAAAUGCGAGACAACCACUGCAUCAUGUCGUCGUGUUUCUGAAUAUCAGGCACCGGCCACCCCAGCGGCUUCCGCCGGAUCUGAUACACCGCAGGUCUUACCGAGAAGAGCGUCCGAGGACCUUCAACAAUAUGCAACUGGUACUUCGGCGAUUGGUUUCGCCAGGCAGGUUUAUAACGAGGAGGAGACAGGCCGGACCUUGACUGAAGCUGCUGUGCCGGGUGAUGUUGGCAUGGUGGGUGCUGAUAACUCACUAUGGGGUCUGAAAGAGACACCCAUGCCCCCAACGACUGUGAUGCUUGCAUUGAUCAACGCCUACUUUGAUCGAAUGCAGUGGUUUAUUUUGGUCCUCCACGAGCCGUCAUUUAGAGAAAUGGCCCAGCCAAUCAUCUCUCAGCAUCAAUGGCAACGCCGGGAUCUUGGUGCGGUCAUGAUGGUGCUUGCUGUCGCUGUCAUCAGCUUACAAUCAGUCCUCCCUGACGCAGAUUGGCCUGGUCAUAUUCUUCUAUCCACGCAUUCAAUUGAUGCCCAGGAUUUGCUGAGUAAAUUUCUGACAGAGAUUCGUUCCCGUGUGCUUGACAUCUUGGAGGACCGCCGUAUAGAAGGGGUGCAAGUCUGUCUUCUACUCUGUUGCUAUUACAUGUUCCACAGCUCUCCAAAUAUGGCCUGGACCACGUGUGGCAUGGCUUUCAGAGCUGCAUAUGCCCUCAAUCUUCAAGAAACAAGCACAUCGUCGCUGCCUUCUAUCGCUAAUGAGACACGCUCUCGUUGCUGGAACCAGAUCAUCAUUUCGGAUACAUUUUGCUCGAUUCUCUAUGGGCGCCCUGCUUCUCUGCCUUCGGCCAACGUUCGUCAUCUACAGCUCGUCGACGACCUGGUCUUUGACCACUCCCUGCUAAGGAUUCUAUCAGUGGAGAAUAGCGACGGAAUAACGUCGCGCGCCCCAUUUCACGUCUUAAAGACAGAUGUGUAUGCGAUUGCUCGCGAAAUUCUUAUCCGCUUCCGUCGGCUUGACCUGACAUCUGGAAUAGAGGAAGAGAACUUGGAAGCUAUCAUCCGUAUUACCGAGGAGUCGAACGCUCUUCUCACUGACUGGUGGAAAGCCGUCCCGAAAUUAUAUGACUUUGACUAUUGGAAAGCAGAUGGUCGCUGGGAGACCGUUGAAGGGCAGCUGCAAACGCUUCCGCCUCAAGAAAGGCAGCAGGUGGAGACAAUCUAUCUACAGGCUGCUGUUCUUCAAUUGACGUACGAUGGCAUGGUCAUACAAGCAAACAGACCGCUGUUGGAGCGAAGAAUCAACAGGCUAACAUCUUCGCGGGCGAUAAUGGAUGCGAUGCAUAGGGCGUUAGACCGAGCCACAGCUGCUGCCCUCCGCAUAUCCCGCGUGCCAGUUGACACAUUAAAGAAUCACUUCGCUAUAGCAGUUGUAUCCAUGACAAAAUUUACUGCCGGUGUGAUACUCUGCAUACCUCCAACUGUGAAACCUUUAACGGCCACCGCUCACGAGGCAAAGGAUGGAGUGGUAAGAAUAAUUCGCGCUAGUCGAAGUCUCAAGAGCCAUGAUCGAAUAGCAAGGCAAACUGAACAGCUUCUGACGGAGCUGCUGAAAGUUACUACUCAGCGCGAGAUAACACACGCCUUGGCUGAUAAUAUCGAAACACAUUGCCCUUCUGAUACGCGAUUAACUGGUUCUGGGGUGGACGGCCCCUCGAAUGACUCCUUGAGUGCCGGGCGCUCCAGGACAAUUCACGGACCCGCAGCGCAGGCCGCUGUAGACCCUGUCCAAGGUUCCUGGGACACAGACUAUAAUGCGCCCCCUGCCGUAAUGGGACCAUAUGAUUUCCUCCCUGCCCAGGCCUUCCAACAGCUGGACGAUACAUUUGGUGCAUUUGGAGAAUCCAUGUUUAACUUGGUCCCUGAUGAUCAAAACAGUACGUGGAACUGGGGCCGAACAUUUCCCUAG